CACCUGUGCAAGACUGGAGGGGAGGAGCUGGUACACCUGUGCAAGACUGGAGGGGAGGAGCUGGUACACCUGUGCAAGACUGGAGGGGAGGAGCUGGUACACCUGUGCAAGACUGGAGGGGAGGAGCCGGUACACCUGUGCAGGACUGAAGGGGAGGAGCCGGAGGGAGGAGCUGGUACACCUGUGCAAGACAGGAGGGGAGGAGCCGGUACACCUGUGCAAGACAGGAGGAGGAGCCGGUACACCUGUGCAAGACUGGAGGGGAGG